GCACUGCUACGGCCACACAUGCUGAUUCAUCUGGUGCCGCCGAUGCACCCGUACAAGCUGCAGCACCCCGUGUUGCUCCGGAUGCGAUCGCGGCUCUGCAGUCUUGACCUCGCGAUCCCGACGAUGGAGAUGCCGGCGCCACGUAUCCAAGCGCUUAUCGCGUUUCUGGCGGCGUGUCCUCACUUGCACCGAUUGCAACUGGCGUGGAGCGUGCAGUUGCAGCCUUCGUUACUUCACGCCCUCGUGAACAAUGAAGUCAUUGGCCUCGGCUUGACCGAGCUCACGCUGCAAAGCGACGUCGCCUACGAGCUCCCAGACGCAUUGGCAAACGCUUUGGCUGUGUGGAUCGAACAGAGACGGACAUUGACGUCACUGACGCUGGCGGGCCUAGCCAUGACAGACGCCACCAGCGACGUCUUCUUGGUGACGCUCCUCGCACUACCCCAAUUGACGGUGAUGUCUCUACAGGGCUCGGCGGCGUUGGCCGCGCAGUUCUGGCGCCCACUGCGACUUCCAUCGCAGCUUCGAUCGCUCGACAUUUCAGACUGGGACGGUCGCGCGUCAACCGACGUGAUCACUGCGCUGCGCACCGUGCCGCACCUUCGAGAGUUUGCCUUACGCGGCCACGCCACCGUCGAGCUUCCGUUCGAGCUCGAGCUGCAGCUGGGUCGAGGCAACGACGACGUCGCGCUGCUCGUAAUGUGUCUUUUCCAUCUCCACAAGCUGCAGCGAUUGGCACUCAACGAGUCCAACAUCACGUGUGACGGGGCUAUCAAGCUCGCGUCGGCGCUGCCCCACUGCAAGGCGCUUCGCGUUCUCGGCUUGCGCCAGAAUGGCAUUGGACACGACGGCGCGGUCGCCGUUCUUUCCGCGCUCGCUUCUCUCUCGGGCGUCCGAUACGUGGACUUGGCGUUCAACGCGAUACCAUCCACCAGCGCACUUCGAUCGAUGACAUCUACUCCGGGGAUUACGCUCGACCUCGAUGGCAAUACCGUGUAA